CUCUCCAGAUUAAUUGGGAAAUCGUAGCUCCUACCACAGAAAACCCUACGCCGAACCAUUGCACUCGAGUCCUUAACAUCAUCUCCUCACUCUUCCCCCUGUCUCUCUCCCGCUCUCGUUCUACCUUUAAUAGUUGUCUUCGCCCUUCUUUCUUCUUUUAAUCUCCUUCUACGUUUUCCAUUCAUGGCCAUGGCUACCACAGAUCAGAAAAUCAAGAAAAUCACUCAAGGCCGACGGAAAAUUGAAAUAAAGCAACUGGAAAAUAAAAGCACCAAGCACGUCACAUUCUCCAAGCGGCGGGCAGGCCUCUUCAAGAAGGCGAGCGAGCUGUGCGUGUUGUGCGGCGUCGAUAUAGCCAUCAUAGCUUACUCUCCUGGAGAAAAGGCCUACUCCUUCGGUCACCCCAACGUCGAUACUGUCCUCAACUCUUAUCUCAAUGGAAACGCUGUCCCUACUGCGUACUCAGCCGUGAAUCCUUGGCCCGUGGAGGAGUUUAACAAAGACUACGCGGAGUCACUCAAGGAGUUGGAGGACGAGAAGAAACGGUUGGCAGAUAUUGAUCAGGAUCUGACGUCGAAGAAGAAGAUGGGGAACAAUAUUGGGUUCUUGUGGGACGAGCCGAUCGAUGAGAUGGGGAUAGAGGAGCUCGAGCAGUACUUGGCAGCCAUGAAAGAGAUGAGGGCAAAAGCAACAGAUCAGUACUUGAGGAUGCGAAACUCAAUAAACAAAUUGCAGACAUCAGAUUAUAAUCAUGGGGUACUGGGCUAUGAAGGUUUAGGGGAUUAUCAUCAUGAUCAGUAUGGUAAUAAUUGUCUGAGUGGAAGCGGUACCGGAGAAGAUAUUGGUAGUACUAAUACAGGUGGUUUUGGGUUCGGGAUCAAUAAUUAUCAGUUUGGUAAUCUGAGUACUGGGGGUGAUAUUAAUGGUGGUGAUUUCGGAGCAAGUUCUAGUACUACUGGUUUUGGGUUAGGGAAUUAUCAGUUUUGCAGUAAUCUGAGUACUGCGCCUGGGAGUGGCGGCUAUGGUGUUGGUGAUUAUGAUCAUCACGUCGUAACUAGUGGUACUGCUGGUUAUGGAUUUGGAGUACAAUGAUCAGUAGACCAUCAAUAAUAUUGAUGCAGUUUUGGUGCGGCCUGUAAUUCUUUUGAUAGUAAUUUGACUGCUCAAACGUAUUACUCAAUUUGAGCAGCUGCUAGCUAGGGUUUGAUAAUGAUCUAUCUCUUAGAAAUAGGUAGCUGCUAGUUAGGGUUUGAUAAUGA